AUGGGGACGGGAGCAAGUGCAAAAGGUCCUCGACAGUCCGUCGUCCUCGCCGUCAGUCCACGCGUAGCGUACGCCCAAAAAACAGGCGAUAAAGGUUGUUUGGAUUCACCGGCGCUGCUAGAUUUAGGCCACGGUACAGUACGAUACAGACAGGCAACACAAAACGAAAACAAGAAAACAGUUGCAAGUCAAUCAGAUACCAGAGGUGAUCGGGAAUGUAAGGAGAAAGUCAAGACGGGCUAUUUCUAUCAUGCUAAGAUAAACAACUUCUCACAAGUCGAACCGGAGGAAAACUUCAAGACAUUCUAUGUGGCGAAGGGACCGAAGAGUGAGAGGAGUAAGCUGUUUUAUGUAUAUGGAAAAGGAUUUGGAGGUGAGCCUGAUCAAGGGUUGAGAACAACGCCUUACAGACCACAGGGAGUUGGAUAUAAAUGGCCCGCGUCAUUUGAGAACCUCUCAUUCUCGGUAACAGUUCGUGCUGACCAAGAACCACUGGGAGAUGAUUCUGACCCUGACGAUGAUCUCUCUACCACCAACAGCGAGCAGAUAGAUGAGCAUCUGGAAGUAGCCGUAAGAGACACAGACACCGUGCUUGAUCUAAAACAGAAGCUGUCACAACGAUUUCUACGCGGCACUGACAAAAUAGAGUUAACGAGUGACAGGAAAGUACUGGCAGAUGACACUCUAAUGCACAGAUUGAAGCCGAAAAAAGCAGGUCUGUGGAACAGGUUCCAUGUCCAACUGACUCUCUCUUACCACUAAAUUGUAAAUAAGUACAGUGGAUAAUAAGUGACAUAUAAGGGUGUCAACUGAUGUGAAUAUAAAAGAAAACUAGAGAGUAAUUUUGACUGGGAGCGAUGCUGCGCCUUCUCUCUGCCAGUAGUCGGUCGCUGCAACUUUGUAGUAGACUGUGACGCCAGCAACUGAUUUCAAGUCUGGCACUUGAUGUGACAGUAGAGUAAAGAUGCUAUUGUGCGUUGAUACUCGCUUGUAGCCGACGUCACGUGAGAGUGAGUA